ACUCCAAAGUUCCGGUUUGAGUGAAUUGCUGGUGAUCGAUGUUAGGAAAGGAAAGCGCGUGGGUGUCCAUGAAAAGGCCUCAUAGAUUCUAAUUACUAACAGCAAGGUUUCAGUUGAUUGGUUAUGUUUACGUUGUGAACGAGGUGAAUGAUGGAGACUGCGGAAACGGCGCCGUUCCGGAUCGGCUCCACUGUACGGGCGCUGCGAUGUGCUCUGCAGCGGGAAAUCGGACACGAAGCCGAGUCCGAACGAGCCGAGAACCGGGAGAAGAGAAGCACCGAGCGCGACAAGCUCUGGUUUAAAGAGAGCAGCGCCAAAAACCUGAGAAACAGAGACUUCCUGGCGCCCAACACAGUGCUGACGACGCUUUACUCGUACGGACAGGUUCCUCAGGCCGUUAUAAGACGCGUCCUCUCUCUCCGUGGAAGCGGCGUGUUACCACUCGCAGGGUGUGAUGUCACGGCCGAGGGGCUGUGUGUAACCGUGGACCGGUGCACAUCAUUCCGAGGUGUUCUGUGUGGGAUGAACGCGUACCUGAGACCUGCCACUCAAAGACAGGGGUGUGUUCUGAUCAACUGUCCUGCACUGCAUGCCAAACAAGCUCCGCCCACUCCAGACAGUCUGACACUGGUGCAGCUUCGUACCGUCCUCAUCGCUGAUCAUCUCGGGGCUGUGCUCCUGAGACAAGGUUACUCUGUGUCCUUCUGUCCUGCCCUUCCUGAAGAGAGUGACAUCAUCAGCUUUCUCCGAAUCUUGGGUAUCAAUUGGCCGGCAGCGUCUGUGAGCUGGACCAGUGAAGAGGGAGAGGAAAAGAUGAGGAGCGCCCUGGAGAGCUGUUCCUACAGAGAGACAGAUGGAGAGAGAGGGAAGAGGGCGAGUAAGGGAGAGUAUGGAGGGAUGACAGAGGAGGUCAGAAUAAACCUAAAGCGAGUGAUGGAGGAUGUAGAGCUGCAGGGUUAUGACCCCACUCUUGGCACAUGCACAGUGCAGCGAGAGGCAUUGUGUCAUCUGGCUCAGCUGGACAGGGCAAUAGAACAGUUUCCUGCAUCCACGGUUUCAGUGCUACACGUGACUUCCUGUCAGGAUGAGUUCCGCCAACAGCAGAUCGCCAUGCUUUGGAGAGCCACCGGUGUUGCAGCGACGCAGAGGCUUGUAGUGUGUGGUCUAGUAAAGACUCCAGGCACUCAGAUGAGCGCAGCUCAAUACCUGCAAUUAAGAAGAGCUCAGAUGAAGGAAGCUUCAGAAAUUAAAUAUGGAGAGCAAGUGGAAGGACAGACUUGGGAUGACAUCAUCAGAGUGAUGACUUGUGCCACAGUGCGGUUUGAGCUGCUAUCCACAGCACACACGAGCCCAGUGACUCUCGAUGUCCAGCGUGAAGUGGGCGUGUCCACAAAGGGUCCUAGGGGAGGAGUCUUUGUUAUGUAUAACUGUGCGAGACUACACACACUGUUCAGCAGCUAUGAAAAAGGGGUAGAGCAAGGCGUCUACCCCGAAAUCCCUGCAGGUUUCGAGUUGGAUUUUUCCUCUUUAAAAGAAGAGGGGGAAUGGCUUCUUCUUUUCAAUUACCUCAUUCCAUUCUCUGAGCUUCUGGACCAAUCAGGACAGGUGCUGGAGCUGGAAGGGGCGGGAGCAAGAGUUAAUUUAAGAACAGAGCAGGUCUGCAGAUUCCUGGUGUCUCUCAGUAAAGACUUUAGUUCAUAUUAUAACAGAGUGCAUGUACUUGGGGAACCGUUACCUCAUCUUUUCAAUCAGAUGUUUUGCCGCUUGUUACUGCUGAAGGCUUUGAGGGAACUUUACCACAGCGCCUUGGAUUCUCUAAACCUGCCGCCGAUUCCACAGCUAUAGCUCCUGACUCCUCCAAUAUGCUGAAAGGAACAAUCCAUAUUACAUUGAAUAGAAACGGACCUGAGAUGAAUAAACGCUAACUAGAAUUUUUUUUUUUACAUUCGCUACAAAUCUUUCAUCAUCACCAUAAAACACACCAAGAAGUAUUAAACAAUUACACUCAUUAAUUACUAUAAUAUUUGAGCUGGUACUGAAAAAAUGGAGGUUCUAUCAGAAAUUUUGUCCAGAAUUCACCUAACAUCCACAACACAUGAUUUUAUGCUGUGAUAAAUAUUGCAUCAGGACUAAAUUUUGUCAUUGUUACGUAUUUCUUUUAUACUAUGGCGCAUUUCGUGCUUGUUUUACUCGUUCACUCGUUCUCAUUUGUAUAGUAACAGUUCAUUCACAGGGACUUGUGUAGCGGACGUUCUACCGACUUUAAGUGUAACAAUAAACAAAUUCCUAAAUCUCUUGUAUAUGGUGCAGUUUUCUGUAUAUAGAAUUGUAUUUAUUAUUUAUGGAAGGAGUCUCCAAUGUCAGUGCUUUGUAGCAGUCAGUAAGUUUUUUCCGCAACAAGAUAAUCUUCAGGACUGAGAGCUUUAUGCUUUGUGGUUUCUCAGUAACAUGACAAGUUGCAUCUUUUUGCUCCUAAUUACUUCUUGAUGGAGAAGAAAAAGACAGCUGAUGGAAUGCACUUUCACAUUCUUUCAGAUGUUCUUUUUCAAAGCGUUCAUUUCAUUUCAGAUGUGCUGCUGCUCUUUCAUAGCUCCUGGCACCGUUUUCUACUUCUUGGUGAUUGGUCUUGUCAGUUGUAUUGUGUAUGUGAUCUAAACUCACACACACUGUUCAACUGUUUCGGUUGUUCAUUACAGAAUCGGGGUUCGAUAUUGCUUUGUAUUCAUCCUUUAUUAACUGAUUUUAUAUAAUGAGUUGGUUAACAUUAAUGAAGCUUCAGCAUUAAUAAACCAUGUAACAGCAACGAUUGUAUGUCUGUCAACUUUA